GUGUUUCUGUGCUACGGUCGGUUCAUAUUCGGUCCCGAUUUCCGUUCGCUGGUGAUCUCGUUCCUGCUCAUCCUUAUACCGGGGAUACUCUUCUGCGUCUUCGUGGCCGCGCAGCUUCCUGGGAAGAUUCCCGGAGGCAUCGUCGUGCUUCCCGUCGCGAUUUGCUACUUAGCAUGGAACCUCUUCAUUCUGGUAUUUACAGCGUGCAGAGAUCCAGGCAUCGUGCCUCGCAACCUCGUCCCGCCUGACCCUGAUCCGGACAUGCUAGAAGCCAUGCGCGUGGAGGGAGGGGGGCUUGCGAGGGGGGGAAGGUUCAGCCCGCCCAGAACCAAGGACAUGGAGAUCAAUGGGUUCCGUGUGAAGGUUAAAUACUGCGACACGUGCCUGCUGUACAGGUGGGUGUGUGUUUGCAUUGCAAUUCAGGUGCGUGCAUGGGAUGGGUGCGUGCAUGGGAUGGGUGCGUGCAUGGGAUGGGUGCGUGCAUGGGAUGGGUGCGUGGGGCCACAGACUGACCCCCCCGCUGCUCGCACUGCAGCGUGUGCAACAACUGUGUGGAACGACCCCCCCGCUGCUCGCACUGCAGCGUGUGCAAUAACUUGGGCAGGUAAGGUGAGGGAGGAGAGGGAGGGGCAGUGCAUAGGUAAGGUGAGGGAGGAGAGGGAGGGGCAGUGCAUAGGUAAGGUGAGGGAGGAGAGGGAGGGGCAGUGCAUAGGUAAGGUGAGGGAGGAGAGGGAGGGGCAGUGCAUAGGCCCUCUGCCCUCACAGUCCGUCUCCCCUUAUUCCUUUUCUCCCAACACCACGCCCCCCCACACACCACCCUUCUCCCCUUACCAGCGCAACUACCGGUUCUUUUACAUGUUCACCACCACCACAACCCUUCUCUGCCUCUUCGUAUUCGCCAUCAGCACGCUCCUCAUCGCCCUACUCGUGAAUAACACUUACGAGCCGGGAGGGCAGCCUAGAACGCUGUGGGAGGCCAUGGGGAAGGCACCAGUGGCGGUGAUUCUGAUGGUGUACACCUUUAUAGUGGUGUGGUUCGUGGGGGGGCUUACGGCCUUUCACACCUUUCUCUCAGCCACCAACCAGGUGAGCAUUGUGUGUUGA